AAGGCAUUUAAGUAUUUACAUACUGUGGUUUGCUUUAUGAGGCAUAUUGAUGGUAUCUGGGAACUCGGACGUCACAUUCCUUUUUGCCCUGAUGUUGACCAGAACAAAGGAAUUUUUAUGAGUCGUUUAAUAUGGAAUGUUGUGAUACGGAUAACAGAUGAGUUAUGGCGGGCUGCUGGGCAGGAGGGAGACACAAUGGACUGGAAGCCGCUGUGGUGUUAGGUCAACUUGGGAACUCUCUUCUUGGCAGCAGUCAAAGUUUGAAAUGCAUUGUGGGUGAUGAUAACUCUAGUGUGACAGUUUCUGAUCCAGUGGAACUUCUGAAAAAUCUGGAUAUUGAGCAUCCUGUAGGUCAGAUCAUACGAGACACAUGUCAGUCUCACCAGAAAACUUAUGGAACAGGGACAAAAACUCUGCUGGUUCUCAUUGGUAUCUGGAUGAAAUCGGCCAUGAGACUUCGAGAGCAGGAUGUUCCAGUGAGGGAUAUCACACAGCUGAUGCAUGCUGGGAUAGAUGCUAUUCUAGAACAUCUUCAGAAGAUGAAAAUCCCACAGAUUUGGGAUCAUUUUGAAGAAAACAGUGAGGAAGAAGAAUCUAGAAAGGCAUGGAAUACUUCUGGAAAUGUUGAAGAUGACACAGCUUUAGAAACUGGACACGGUUCCAGUGUGAUUGACAGUAGCAUAAUUGCAGAAGAUGCUUCUGUGGGUUGUGAUCCGUUCUCUGCAAUUUCAGAACCAGCUAAUGCACCAGGAUUAGAUCUUACUUUUCAGCCAACCAGCAGCUGUGAUUUGCCUUUAAAUGCCUUUAAAGAGCUUUCAGACAUUCCAUUGAAAACAAAGCCUCAGUUUAGCAGCUUAACAAACUGCCAUGAUUCAGAUGAUGAUUUUGCAGAUUGUUUUGAUGGCAUCCCCGAGUCACAAAAAGAUAAUGAUGUCAGUGAAGAUCCUUUGAAUGAAGACAUCAGCAAAUUUUUUUCCAAGUCAAGAAACAAUGACUCCUAUAUUAUCAACAGUAGUCAUUGUGAGAUUAAUACUUCGGUAAAAUUACCUACAAACCAGACAGUUGCAUCAUUGACAUUGCAAAUGAAGAACCAACCUGACCUUGAUGAAUGUUCCGAUGAUAUAUCGUGGUAUUUUGAAUCAGACUCAGGGAGUGGAAAGGACAAGGGCCAGAUGGAUUCCUGUUUGCAUCAGAUGUCUGGGAUUGGAAGGAAUGAUUUAACGGGUGAAAGUUCAAAGGUCACAUCCAACAUGCUCUUAAAAGAUUUAAGUUCAUAUUUGGAGAACGAUUUUCAAAAUGCUGACAUCAUUAACUUUGCAGUUCACAGUAACUCAGUUGAAGAAAUUACAAUAGGAGGUAGUGUUCUUGAUAGGAGAGAUAUCAAAGAAAGCCUUGAACAAACAGAAAUGAGGAAGAAAAUGGAAGAAAGACAAAGGAAUCUUGAAGAUGUACUGCGCAGAUCAAAGCCUGUGUCACUUCCCAAGUUGAAAAAUUGCAGUCGGCAUUUCAAAACUAUAGAAUCAACAGUUAAGUUGCACCAUGUAAAGCAACUAUCGGAGGCUGAAAAUGCCUAUUGCUCGAUUGAGAAACCAAAUGCGACAGACUAUGAAAAUGUGGAUGGUUUUAGUGUUCUUAAUUCAACGGCUAAAAACUAUUGUAUUGAAAACCCUGAAUUUAGCAGUCUUUGUGCAAAGUCUUCUUAUGGGGAAUGUGUGAAUGGUUUUUCUAUAGAAAAGACACCUGGAGCUCUUGAAAAUGGAAUGUUGAGCAACGUAAAUCAAAGAAAACCAGAAGGUUUAUCGACUCAAACAAAGCUUGUGUCACAUAUGAAAUCACAAAAUUGUAGCCACCAUUUCAAAACUAUCAAUUCAACAGUUAGGUCAAAGCUUGGCCGGGCCUUGUGUGGUGACAAAAACAGAUGUUACAUUAAAGAGCAGGAAGGUGAGUCCAAGAACACAUCAAGGCUACAUUAUGGCUUUCUUGAUCUUCAAGAAUCGGGGGAACAAAUUCUUGAUGAAUCAGUGGAAAGUUCAAGUGACUUAUUUAGAAAGAGUGGGGAAAAUGAUUCAGUAUUAAAGGAAAUGUGGACAACAUCCAAGGAGAGUGCUGUCAAAAACAACAGAAGCUUAAACCAUCAGCUGCAAACCCAUAUUGUAGAAUUUUCUACAGAUGGUCUAUCGAGUGACCACAGUAUUUGCGAAAACAUUGUCAGGCAUUUUCCUGACAUAGACGAGUUAAAAGCUGCAUGCUUUUUAUCAGAUAAUCUCAAAUCUUUAGAGUCAUUCAUUUUAGAAUCUGCCGACAAGCCUACAGAUUGCCAGGUGGAUUUUACGGAAGACAUUCUGAUUCCUGGAGUGAAAACCGUGGAAGAGUUGGCUUACAGACUUAGUCAUGGUCAUGAUUUGGCCAUGAGGCUAGUCAUGGAAGUCUACCACCGGCACCGUGAACUUCGUCAGAAAGACAGACACUUCCAAAAACCACAGUUUGACAGUAGCAGAUUGCACACCUGUGUCACAGGCCCAGGUACAGAGAGAGCAUCUUGUGUGAGGGAGGGGCUACUGGUGCCUGUGUCACUUGAUCUCAUGAUUGACAGGUCUGCGUGGAGAGAGAGAAUGGCCCAGGCUUUGCUUGUUAAUGGGAACAUGUCUUCUAACUCGAAACAUACCGGCUACAAGACUAUCAAAGCCGUCACGGUAUUCUCCAGACCUAGGUCAAAGGUCAGUGGAAGCUGGAGUCAGACGAUUCUGCAGAAGAUACUUGAUGUAAGUAAAUGUAUGUCAAUGUAUGGAAUGAGCUAAACACAAGGUCUUCAGGUAUUACUUUUGGUGAUGAAACUUACAAACAAAAUGUCAAGACGCCUUUCUAACAUCAGUGGAUCCAUUAGAAUGAGACAAAGUGAGUAACAGACAUUUUAGGUGU